CUUGAGAAAGCGUGCUACAUAAGAGAUCCUUCAACCCUAAAAUCUUUUGAUGGUUUAAGAGAAGCUGUAAGGUAAGAGUCACACACCUUGAUGUUGUUUCAGAGCCCUCUGACAGCCACACUCCUGACCUCCAUCCUGGCUGCGGUGCUCGGCUCCCUGCAGAUCGGAUACCACACCGGCAACGUCAACGCUCCUGCCAAGAUCAUUGAAGAGUUCUUCAAUCACACCUGGAGAGCCAGACACAACGAGUCGAUGCCAGAUCACAGCCUGACUCUUCUGUGGUCGCUCUCCGUCAGCAUUAAAGACUUUGGGGCCUUGCUGGGCUCGCUGGGAGUCAAAUAUCUGGCCGACACUCAUGGAAGACGUAACUCCAUCCUCAUCGUGAACUGUCUCUCCAUUGUGGGAGCGAGUCUCAUGGCUGCAUCCAAAGUCAGCAAGUCCUUUGAGGUCCUCAUUAUGGGGCGCUUGGUGUUUGGUCUCUUCUGCGGCCUCGUGAUGAGUCUCAAUCCGCUCUACAUCCAGGAGGUGUCGCCCACAAACCUGAGAGGGGCUUUCGCAACGCUCAACCAGGUGUCCUUCGCCUCGGGCAUCCUGUUAGGAAUGGUGGCCGGUCUGGAGACCGUGUUGGGGACAGAGCAUAACUGGGCCUUGAUGCUGUCUCUGUCUCUCAUCCCGGCCUUUGCACAGUACCUGGUCUUGCCUCUCUGUCCUGAGAGCCCUCGCUACCUGCUCAUCAACCGGGGAGAGGAGGGCAAAGCAGAGGCUGCUCUGCAGAGACUUCGAGGAAGCGCAGACAGGAUGUUCACCGAGCUGGAGGAGAUGAAGGAAGAAGCCGCCCACACUCAGACCAGGGUCACCAUCCAGGAGUUCUUCAAGAAGAACAGAUACAAGCAACCAAUCAUCAUCGUCCUCAUCAUCAACUUGGGCAGCCAGCUCUCUGGAUUCAACGCGAUUAUUAAUUAUUCCACCAGAAUGUUCCAGGCCAAGUUUGACGAGGCCAAAUACCUGACUCUGGGCGUGGGCGCUGUCAAUGUGACCUUCACUCUGGUGGCAUUCUUCCUGAUGGAGAGGGCGGGGCGAAGGAGAUUACUCUUGACUGGUUUCAUUUCCAUAGCAGUGUGUACCUUACUCAUGACCAUCGUGGAAUCUGUCCAGCACCUGGUCCCGGAGCUGCGGAGCCUUCAGGUCCUGCUGGUUUUCUGCCUGAUCUCGGCCUACGAGCUGGGUCCUGGCCCCAUCUCCUGGUUCAUCGCCGCCGAGCUGUUCGACCAGCCUGGCAGACCCAUCGCCAUGGCCUUCACCAGCAUGCUGAACUGGGGCGGGAAGUUUGUCCUGGCGCUGGUCUUCCCUCCGUUACUGAAAGUCUGCGGUGCGUACGUCUACCUCCUCUUCAUGACCGUGGCUCUGAUCGCCUUCACCUUCACAUGGAUCCGCCUCCCGGAGACUAAAGGCCGCACGUUUGAUGAAAUCGCCGAGGAGUUCAGGGGAACGGAGGGGAUUCCUUUAAACAAUAAGCCGGGAUUCAACACUUUCACCUGACCGACCUUUGCUGCACGUGGUCACUGACAAACUUUUAAAGGGUUAGCUCGCCCAAUUUACAUUCAUGUGUUACCAUAUAGAUGUG